AUGCUGGAGCACCUUCCAUGCGUCCACAUUGACCCUUCCCCUUUCGGGCCUCAGCCAAUCAGAAGCAACAUGGAUAAGAGAGACAUACGGUUUGAGUUAGAGCGCCAGGCCUGUCAGAGUCUCAGACAAGUUCUUCAGCUGAAAUUGCAACAGAGAAGAAGCAGAGAAGAGCUGGUCAGCCAGGGGAUCAUGCCACCACUGAAAGGUUCAGCUGCCUUCCAUGAGCAGAGAAGGAACUUGGAACGGGCACGGACAGAAGACUAUCUCAAGAGGAAGAUCAGGAGUCGGCCAGAGAAAUCUGAACUGAUCAGGAUGCACAUCUUGGAGGAGCCAUUUCUUCAGGCCAAGCAGCUACAGCUGAAGAGAGUUCGCCUUGCUGAUGAUUUGAAUGAUAGGAUCGCGCACAGGCCGGGGCCCAUGGAGCUGAUCCAUAAAAACAUCCUACCUGUUCACUCCAGUAUUAAACAAGCCUUUAUAGAGACACAGUUUCCAAGAGCCUCAGGAGAGAACUCUUCAUUUGAUGAGGACAGUAAUGACAGUCUGUCUCCAGAGCAGCCCAGGCCUGUCAGUGAGGAGUGUUCUUUGGGCCUUGGACCUCUGCCCUCUCCAAGAGAAACACUGAUUGGGCGUGGCAUCCCAUCUCCUACACAGGUCCCACCUCCAGCUCCUCCUCUCCUAUCAAGCUCUGGGUCACCCACUUCAAUCAAGUUGACCAGUGAGACAGGGGCGUCAUCUGUCCUGAGGACAGGUGCUAACUCUCACAUUAAGCCACAGCCCAAACCAAACUGUGACCGCUCUGCCCUGAGACACAAGAAAACCAAGGACAAGCCAAAGAUAAAAAAGCUAAAGUACCAUCAGUACAUCCCGCCUGACCAGAAGGGAGAUAAAGAGCCUCCUCCCCAUCUGGAUUCAUCCUAUGCCAAGAUUCUCCAGCAGCAGCAGCUCUUCCUGCAGCUCCAGAUCCUCAGUCAGCAGCAGCAACACUACCACACCAUCCUUCCUGCACCAGCUAAAUCCCAGACAGCUCAGCAGCCAUCUUCCUCCUCCAAGUCUAUGUCCACCUCCUCUCCAGCUCAACCUGCUGCUGCACCUUCAACAGAUUUCUCUAACCAGUGCAUCCACCCCUGUCUAAGUUCUGUCCCUGUAAGUGGCACCAAACCAGUGUCUCUGCCUCCAAACCUGGAUGAAAUGAAGGUCGCAGAACUGAAGUCUGAAUUAAAGCUGCGUAGCUUGCCUGUCUCCGGCACCAAAAACGACCUCAUUGAGAGGCUGAGGACUUACCAGGAACUGAACGGAGGCAGUGACACUACCUCCACUCCAACAGCAGGGGGUACCACAGUGCCAGGGGCUGAAGGAGCAGGAAAAUCCUCCAAGAACACUGCAAUCAUUGUUACCGGUAUCAGUGCAACUCUAAAUACAGGAACACCUCAGCAGUUCAGGACCUGUGGUGGCAGCCUUGCCACUUUAGCCGUCUCCCUCACCCCCUCUCGCCACUCACCGGCUGCCAUGAGCCCAGAAGAUACCAGCCUUAACAGCGACCCGUUGAGGGAUCUGAUGAGUUCACCUCUCACCCAUCUGAGCCUCCAGCCAUCUUCAGCUGCUCAGCUUCUUACACACAUUAAAGAAGAGCCCCGAUGCUCGACUCCUGCUCCUUGUCAGCACUCUGCAAAGUCUGCCUCUCUGCAGAGAUGCUGCUCAGAUUCUUCAGAUGCUCCAACCACUACAAGCAGAGCUCCAGUAGUGAGUAUCGAUAAAGACAGAUUGCUGCAGGAGAAAGAUAAGCAGAUAGAAGAGCUGACUAGGAUGUUGUGGCAGAAACAGAGGUUGGUGGAGGUGCUGAAGAUGCAGCUGGCAAAUGGAGACAGAGGAAAAGUUCCAGAGCCAAUUAGUGUUCUAGGGGUAAAAGAAGAACCUCUUGAUGAGCCUGAUGUUGCCCUCUCAAUGGGCUCGGCUCAACUUCCCUUUCAAACUUUACCUCUUUCAAAAGAAAUGGAUGUUGCCAAGGUAAUUGUCAAACAGGAAGUAAUUGAGGCAGAAGAAGUUGAACCUGAGAAAACCUUACAAACACCAGUCCCUCAUGGAUUUCUGCAGCCCUUGACCCAAAUGCAGGAAGAGCAGGUGGCUCAACAACACACCAUACACAAAGUCCUGGUACAGCAGCAGCAGCAGCAGCAACAGCACAACAUUCAGAAACAGCAGCACACAAUUCAGAACCAAAAUCAGAUGCUGGAGAAUCACAACCUGCAAAAACCUUGUCAGCAGAGGAAGAAGAAAUCUCAAAAGCUGCAGCUCAUGCAAAAGCAGCUGCUGCAGUCACAGCAGCAGCAACAGCAAUCAAAGCAUGUGCAACAGAUGCAGCUGAAGCAACAGCUUCUCCUGAAGCAACAAAAGUCGGUGCUGCAGCAGCAAAUGAAACAGCAACAGACCAAACAACUGCAACAAAUCCAGAUUCAGACCAAAAUACAGCUGAAGCAGCAGCAGGUGCUCAUACAGCAGAAACAACAGGUGCAGAAGCAGCAGCAGUCAUCAAAGGUGCCUCAAGCACAUCUGAAACAGCAAUCAGGCUCAAAUGCCUCUUUCUCAUUGGAUCACCUUAAGAUUGACUCCACCCCAACACUGGUCACUGACGGCAAUGGUAACCACUUCCUGAUUGCACUGAGCAAUCACCUUACUGGAAACCAAAUAACCAACCCCUCCGAGGGAAAAGCAACCAAUCGCAUUACACUGCAGCGGCUCCAGUCUACUCCAGCCAAACUUGCAGGCCAAGACCCCGUUCAGCAAACCAGAGCUGAGAGCAAAGCCAAACAGAGCAUGCAAGUGAAGUUCUUGAGGCAGCACGCUAGGGUGAGGAAUUAAAACAAGACAUUUCCAAUAUGAGUUUGUAGCACAAGCCUGGGUCGCAUAACUACACUGAAAAACGUAUUAAAAAAAAAUGGAGUACUUCAGGUGACUGUAGAGAAACCACAGCAGGGGACAGCUCAGUGUUUGUCAGCGCCACCCAGUCUGCAACCAUUCUUCAAGGACCAGGAGACUGCUCCCUCAGGAAAAACCACCUCAUCAUCUUCUUCUAAUAAUGAGAUCUGCCCAAAUCUGGAAGUCUUGUUCAGUCCUGUGUCUCCAGCUUCUGAUAAGACAGCGGCCUCAUCACAUGAUGAAAAAGAUACAGAUCAUGAAGAUGAUUUCAUUGACAUCAUCUUGCAGAAAGGGGAAACCUCCUUCAAGACUGCACCAGACCCUUCUCUGGAUUGUCUUCAUCCAGACUCCUCUGCUUCUUCCCCACCUCCCUCACCACUCCAUGUGUUGCUAUCUCCCCCCAUCCCUCCCAGCUGUGACACGCCACACCUUACUCCCUCUUUGCAACCUGAGCUUCGAGCUCCGGCCGACACCACAGAACAAAAGCAACAUCUUGGUCAUGCUGGAAGUGGACGCCUGGAAGACUUCCUUGAAAGCACCACUGGAAAGCCUCUCCUUGGGGUGGAGCCUGGAGGUCUACUGACUUUGAUUGAUGACCUCCACAACCAAAUGCUGUGCACUUCCAGCAUUUUGGACCAUCCUCCUUCUCCCAUGGACACAGUGGCUCCGUGGGAGCAAGGACUAGACAAUAUGGACUGGUUGGAGCUUACCACAGAAGGAGAUAGAGAGGCGGAAACUCCCUCACUGGCUCUCCAAACUCCCCCUAGUGUCUUUUCCACAGACUUCUUGGAUAGUUCCGACCUGCACAUACAAUGGGAAUCCUGCCUAUAGUCUAGAGCAAUUGGAAAACUGAUAUAAUGUGGAGUUGUGUGCAGUUACACAGCUGUAUUACAGAGUCACAUAUCCACAAAAACAUGGAAUUGAUUGCUGAGUUUUCAGUGAUUAGGGAUCUUGGUCUCUAUGUUCUCACUCACUAGCAUAUUGGCUGUUCAAAAGCAUUGACCUUUGUUUAAUUGUUUACACACUGCUGUACUGAUUUUGAUGCUCUUAUUAGGCAGGUCCUAUAUCUGUUAUUGCUUCUUUAGCAAAGGUCUUGUUGACACUUUUGUGCUUUUAACGCCAACAUGAACCACAAACAAAUAACCACAGGCACCAUGUUAAAGUGAAGAGAUAUGCCAGCUUGACAUUUGUCUAAUGACAAUGCAGACUCCUUGUUUGUGACUGUAAGUAGUGAGAGUAAUCAAUAUUUCAUGGAUAAAUGAAAAGGAUUUGUGUAAUCAUUAACCAAAGUUAGAGGGUAAACAAUGAUUUUAAAGCAGCUUAGUAAACAGUAGAUUAGACAUUAGGAGCCUGAUCAAGAGCUUUUAAGAUCGAUCUUUGAUGAUUUUAAAAAUCAGAUUUAUCAGCUGAAAAUUUUUCUUCUUGCAGGCACACAAAAACAUAAACAGAUUUCCCCAACAUUUGUUAUUUGUUAUUUACUUACUUGUUUACACUCUGCUCAACUCUGCUUGGAUCGUUAUUUGUUAUUUACUUACUUGUUUACACUCUGCUCAACUCUGCUUGGAUCAGCUGGUUAUUUGUGGCGUUGCCAACAGGGAAGUUGCAGAGUGCCCUCUGGUGGACAAACUAUGCUACAUCAACACUCAUAGCAUGUCGAAUUUUUUUGUUACAGCACUGAAGGUUUUAGUGCUACUCAAACUUACAUGAAAUAUGUGCAAACUGCUGCUCUGGGACUGCAGAUUUAUUCCUAUCAAAAAUCAAACUGUUAACAUUUUACGCAGUUUCAUGGUGGUACAGGACACACAUAGCUCCAAACUGAAGCACAAAAAUAUCUGAAAUCAAUCAAGCAGAAAACCAAAGCUUUCAACUGCUAAUUUAACAUUAGGUGUACAGAAAAAAAAAUAUGUAUGUAAAGAAAAACAUCUAACUGUAUGCC